CGUGACUUCUCCCUCAGCGGUAGCAAGCCUGCCGAGUAUCAUCUGGCAAGUUCACAACUCGACUUCAAGCAGUAUCGUUGUCAACUCUUGCAUCAGUCUCAGAUUCUAGUUCGAUUCGAAACAAGAGGCCCGCCCAACCAUUUUCACUAGAGGUCAAUACUUACUAAGCAAACAAGCCCAAGCCUCAGAUAAUCAACAGCACUAGUCACCCGAAGCCCAGUGCUAGAGUAUGCGCUACGUGGGUUGCAAUAUGCACGGCUCGCAGGCGCUGAUGUCAGUUGAGGAGGAAGAAGGAAAUUUACACUCAAGGCUGCAAUGCCGUGUUGCUUAUUUCCAAUGAACAUGGCAAAAGUUCAGAAUAAUGUGCCGGCCUGCGCUGGCUGUAGACAAGUGGGCCUUAGCGUGUGGCAACCUGACCCUGCGCGGCAUGGAGGGAUGCACCAUUCCUUUAGUGUUCACGGAAAGGGAACUGUCUCAUUGUCCCGCAACCCAAGCCAAGUACGUACAACACGCGUGCACCCGGUUCAAUGUCACACCAGUGGUUCUAAUCUGCAAUCUCUAUGGACGAGGGUGAAAAUUUGUCGGCCACGUCAAGACUUGGGGUCCAAAAAGGUCGACAGUCACUUUACUUUCGUCAGCGCGCUGCCGUCUAGUGAGACUGCUGUCGCUGUCAACGAGGAUGCAGCUCAAAGUCUGGCUCAGAUCGACUGCAGACAACGCGAAGCUCUCUCAGCGGAGAGGCUUCGCUUGAUGGACGAGGAGGACAGAAGGGCCCGCCAACGGGAAGAAUGGCACAGGGAGAUGGCUGCCUUGGAGAAGGAGGUUGCGGCUAUGAAAGAGCGGGUCCGAACCGUUCAAAACUACUUGACCUACAAGCAUCUUGGGCAAAGCCUGCCCACAUCCCCGUUGCACUGUAACGAAGACCGGACAACUGUCAACCGAUGAUUGGGCGGCAGCCGCUGCUUUCCCCUCGCUUGCCAUGGCGAGGGCAGCUCGAAGACAUCAACCAUUAGAAUGCUCGCACAAGCUUUUUCAAUCCGCCACCGGACUGCCAAGCUAGGUAGGACGCCGGUAGGGAAGCCUUGAUUGAAUCAGCGACAGCGUGACGCGCUAUUGUAAGGUCCGAGUCAAAAUUGGGUAGCCCCUUAGGAAGAAGAGCCCGAGUGUCUCUAAAGUAUUCGCGACUCUUCCGCACGCGCUUGCUGAAGGACCUUUCGUUUGUGUAGGACACUUGCUGCUAUUCCCCUCCGCCGUUUGCUGAAGCCGCCAGCAAGGCCAGGACGCUUGUAAUUUUCCGAACCAGCAACUCAUAAGUACCUCCCGUUACAUCAACAACAAGCGCUCGAUUGUGCUGGUCGUCCCUCACGUUUGAACGGGUCUUGACGUGAUGAAAGUCUUGCCGGGAG